AUGGGAAAGGACUGCAACAGCCGUAUAGCUGUGGUGGACCACCGCUCUGCAACAGUCGUAGCUAGCUGUGGUGAGAUGCCUUUUGUGUCCUUUCGAUACUUUUCCACUCUUUUAGAUUUUUGUCACCCAACAACUAUUCUUGCACAACUAUUUGCAAUUCUUGCACGGAAGUUUGUGAAGAGUCCACACUUCAACGACGUCGUCCUUUUGAUUCCUCCACCAGCUCCGCCAUUCCACGCAGGCAAAUCUCCACUGCCGAUUAUCAGGGUCAAUCAUUAUCCACCUUGUCCUAGCCCCGAUUUGGCUUUGGCGGUUGGUCGGCAUAACGAUGGUGUGGCUUUGACCAUUCUUGCUCAAGAUGAUGUUGGAGGACUUGAAGUAAAGAGGAAAAAUGACGGAGAGUGGAUUCUUGUGAAACCAAUUCCUAAUGCUUAUAUCAUCAAUAUUGGUGACAUUAUCCAGGUGUGGAGCAAUGACAAAUAUGAAAGUGUAGAACACAGGGCGAUUUUGAAUUCUGAGACGGAAAGGUUUUCCAUUCCAUUCUUCUUCAACCCAGCACAUUAUACUUGGGUUGAGCCCUUGGAGGAACUGAUCAAUGAGCAAAAUCCUCGCAAGUAUAAGGCCUAUAACUGCGGAAAGUAUUUUGCAACCCGAAAGCGCGGUAAUUUGAAGGAACUUUAUGCUGAAAAUGUGCAAAUUUGUCAUUUCAAGAUUGAUAACUGAGAAGCUGCUGUACUGGUGCAUGCUUGUCGUAAAACAUGUAAUCUGUUUUCAGCCAUUCACCUUGCCCUGGAAGACUACUUCUUCUGUAUCUGUAAAUCAAUGAAGACUAAAACAGUAAAGCAGAUUAUGUCAAA